AAAACGCCACUUAAGGGAGGGUGUGCAGGAGCAUACAGACUUUCCCAAACUAAUAACAGUCUUUUUUGUCUCCGGCUCCUGAAUUUGCGUGCAACAUACCGCAAUUACGCUGAAAAAAGCGAAAGAGUGUAUUUUCCCCACGCUUGUUGCUACGCUCGUCCCCGCAAAGGAUUUCCCAGUUUCCCCACGGACAGGAGAAAAACAACAUUUGCUGCUGCAGGAUUUACGGAUUCUCUUCCUGCCCCAGCUUGAGCAAACAUGCCUUCAACGGGCUGUGUAACAGGAAUUGUGCUGAUCUUAAUUGUUCAACUGAGAAUGACCACAAGUCAGAGCAGCACCAUAGUUCCUACCAGCAGCCCGAACUCAGACAUCACAACAUUCACAUCACCUCCUCCAUUCAGUUCGACUGAAAAUACGACUGCAAUUACCAAUAUGACAACAUUGGCACCUUCGAGUACAUUCACAGGAUCUACAAAUGCAACAGCAACAACAACAGGAAAGUCCAAUAACAACUCUACUGGCAAGCAGAUAUCGUGUCGGACGUUCACCUGCAAUUCCUCCAUGUGUUACGCCACAUACCUCAACACGACUGCCAGCCCAUGCACUACUGAUGCCCUUUUUUGUGAGCUGCGGCGCCUUGACAGCGUUAUGUACUCUGCGAACUGCAGCGCGUUCUGCAAUGCGACCGUCAACCGCUGCGCAAACUCGACUAUGACCAGCUGCAGUGUGGACUGCUGCAACUCCACCGACUGCCUUAAUUCCACACUUGCAUCACUAAUGAUAACCGCCACAGUGACUCCAGUCACCACAGUGACCACCCAGACUAUCUCCUACACUCUGGUGACUACAAUGAAAAACGGAAAGAAAUGCCACAAACUCAAUUGCCAGGGCGAGAAAUGCUACCAGACGGACCCCGGGAAACAGGUCACCGACUGCCUUGUGGGCCAGGACUUCUGCAAGCUGAAUAAGACCAACUCGGGUACAACAGUGUCCUGGGAGGCUGCCUGUAGCGGAAACUGCACUGGAGACAAGUCCUGCGGCUCCACUGCUGCAAAUUGCACGCAGGAAUGUUGCACCGCAGCAACAUCAGGCUCCUGCCUCAAGCUGGAUGGGUCGGUCAACAUGCCCAACUCCGCUGUGGUCCUCCACGUUGCACUCAGCCUCUUUUUCCCCUGGCUGCUGAUAUGGGCUUUGGGCUUCUGCUUUCUGAUUGGCUAGGACUGCCCCCUACAGCUGUCCAAUGGGUGGCUUUAGACAGUCAUCACUCUUUGGAUCCCGUGUCCUUUAACGAAGCCUUUGAUAUUUGAUUCUAUCCCUUAUGCUGUGCUUUUCUAUGUUUGAAUGUGCAGGGAUUGAAGAUUUCAGAUUAGAUUUUAUGUAAUAUAACUUCAUCUCCAGUGUAGCAUUUCGGAUCUGGCCAUGUAAAGGAUUGCUCGAAUCUUUAACGCACUGCGAUCAGUCUUUAGAUCUUUAGAUCCAUCCAUUUUCCAAACCGCUUAUCCUAUUGGGUCGCGGGGGGUCCGGAGCCUAUCCCGGAAGCAAUGGGCACGAGGCUGGGAACAACCCAGGAUGGGGGGCCAGCCCAUCACAGGGCACACUCACACACCAUUCACUCUCACGGGCAAUUUAGUAACUCCAAUUAGCCUGUAGUCGUGGAAACCCCACGACGACAUGGGGAGAACAUGCAAACUCCACACACAUGUGACCCAGGCGGAGAUUUGAACCCGGGUCCCAGAGGUGUGAGGCAACAGUGCUAACCACUGCACCGCCCCUCAAUCUUUAGAUCAAAAAAAGAAAAUGCAUUUUAACGCAUUAUGACUAAUAUGACUCGAGUUGUUUUAGCGCCACUACAAGAAAAUCAUACUUCUAUAAUAAAUAAAAAACCGCGUAUUUAAAAUUCGCAUGAAACGCGAACCCACCUUUUGUUAUUAAUCUAUAUCAGUUUGACUACGUUCAGCAGUCGCCCUUACUUUUUUUGCACAACAUAAUGUUACAUAACAAAUGGUCACCGUUAGAAGUUGGCUACCUGUACGUGUAAUCACUUUAAACGAAAAGUUUAAACAAAAAAUCUCCAGAUAUGUAAAUAUAUGUAAAUUCUAGCAUUCUGUCUCAGCAAUAGUGAGCUUUAUGUUCGAUGCAUCUGCUUUUUACAUUACCUCACAACGCCAAACCUAUGCACUUUAUUCCUAAAUCUGUUAGAUCUAAACAUUUUCCCCAUCUACUUUUCAGGAAUGAAAGCUGUCUAAAUACUUUCUCAAAACUACCGAAUCUGGCGAAUAUUCUACAGCCCUGGAACGCUAAUAUAUAAACACUCUAUAUUUAGGACACGAUCUUAUAGUAGGCUACACGUAUGUUUAUAUUUCACUUAAAUAGAAAUGGAAAAAAUACGUGAAUUUGUAUGCCUCAUUAAAUAUAUGUUAUGCUUUGGAAUAUUUUUACAGAAUGUAAUAAAGGGUUUCAUAUAAUACCUGAUUAAA